GGUAAUUUCAAGGCCUGGCUUUAUUUAUAUGAGUGGAACUGUUUUGCAUUUUUCAGUCACUUAAGCUCUUUUCAAAAAUCUAUAAACCAAAAAACACAACCAAAGAACACAUUCAACAGCAGGAACUAUCUGUUGUCAACCAUGAAGGGAAAAACCUCGAAAGCUGGGUCAUGGAAUGAUGUUCCACAUGAUAUCCUGGUUAAGAUAUUUAUGACUCUGAACAUUAUGGACCUGAUUACUAGUGUUUCUCGUGUAUGUAGCUCAUGGCGCCGAGCAUCUUGUGACCCAGCUCUCUGGGAGAAGCUUGAUCUGAGCACAAUGAAGUCUAGCUCAGUUAAUAUUCCCCGAGAACCAUAUGCAUGGUCUGACAAGGAGUCAGGUGACAAACUAUUGCUGAUCAUGAAGAAUGCUAUGAGUCUCGGUGGUGGACAUGCAGUAUGCUUGAUUCUCCAUUUCUAUGCAUUCUUAAGGAAUGAGCACUUACUUUGUGCAGCUGAAAGGAGUCCUAAACUCAAAAAACUUGCUCUACCUGCUUGGAAUCAAUUAAAUGUCGAUGCAUUUGAAGAGGCGGUGAAACAUUGGAAAGCUCUUGAAACUUUGACUGUGCCAUGUGUUUAUUCUCCUGUUAACAUCCUCAGGGCAAUUGGUACUCACUGCAAAAACUUCUCAAGGCUCAAAAUUAUGUGCCCUUUUGACUUGGAGUUUGCAAAUGCAAUUAUCACCUAUAUCCCAAAGCUUAAGGUCUUGAGUCUUAGAUGUGCAAUGGUGUACAAGGAUGCUCUUUCAUGCAUCAUGAAUGCCUUGCACCAUUUGGAGGUCCUGAACUUAAACCAUUGCCUCCUUGUUGAUGAUGCUCAAUACGAAGGCUUCGUUGUUGUCUACCGUGAACAUGAGCAGGAAAUCAUUGAAAAAGGCUCACGGUUCAAAACCUUCCUUUUUUGUAACCAGGCAACUUGUGCUAUGUGCCAGCAUACAUUUGAUGAUGAGGGUAUUCUGAGGUGGUAUGAAUAUGAUGAGAUACUUUGGCGGACGGAUGAGGUAAGUUCUCUUGCUCUUUGACAUGGAUCAAAAAGAACAACAUGUUUGGACCACCAUGUUUCAUCUGAACCUGGUUUGGUACCAAGGAUGUGUCAUGAAUAAAUUGACUUUCGUGAACAAAAUCUUUCCUUGCUGCAGCUAUGACUGCAUAAUACAAGCUUCCUUUAAAGGCCUUGCUUGUUUCUACUGAAAGCUAAAGAAUAAAUACAUGGUGAUAAUCUAUGUUUGAAAA